AUGCCUAUAACUCGAAGACGAACAGCCGACGUCAAACGUGACAGAGACUCUACUGAUGUACACGAUGGAUACAGGCACUCGUUCGACACGCGCAUAGUGCCGGUGUGGUUGGCGUAUGUGGCACUGGACGCGUUCAUCAUAUACUUCAAUUACACGGAAGCAUCCGGAUACGAGGGGAAAACGUUCCGGAAGCGUUUCGAGGACUCGUACUGCUUCGCCGUCAUCGAGCUGGCGUGCACCAUGUUCUACGGGCGCCGGCACAAAGCGGCCGCGCUAACCGGCAGCGAGCGUACGCUGGCGUUCAUCCGGGACGCGGCGCGCGGCGGUACGGUACGGCCGCCCGACUCCCAGCACUACUCGGCCGCCGUGAUGGCCGCGUGCACGGCUCGCAUAUGGCUAUACGUGGCAUCUGCCGUACCCGCGGCCAUCAUACUGGCCAGACCUGGCCAGAGCCUGGCCACAUUCCAGUAUCACGUGCUGGGCCGCGGUUACGCGCGCGUUAACCGUCUGCUUGAAGCGGCCGCGGACGCGGUGAGCUACCGCAGCCACUUGUCACCAGAUUUCCGGUCACUGGCCACUCUCGUGGACCGGCUGGCCGACACGUGCGACGAUUUCGGUCGGCAGGUUGGCCACCUUAACCUGGCGUACACCCCGGGCCUGCUGCUCAGGUGGCCGUACAGUUUGGUCCGGCUAACGACGGCCGUGUUCCGCAUCAGUGAGCUGUCGGUCGCCGCGCAAGAUGGCCGGCCGUACGCCCACAUGGCAACUGUGCUCAUCGUGGAGCACGCGGGCGAGAUACUUCUGUUCCUGGUGCAGCUGUCCAGUUUCUGUUACGCGGGCGCCUGUUUGUCUUACCAGGCACGUGCAUAG